AUGUAUUCUUCAAACGACGGCAAACGCAAUUUGUUCGCCAAACGACAGGAUCCAUUGCCAUUAGCAAUAGGGCCACUGUCAGUGUUCAAAGAGGAACUCCAGCGUCACCCGAUCGUGUACCAUACCAUCGCCGCGGUAGCCAAGCAAUAUGGAAUUCCUUACGUGCACACGCUGCGGUCACCGAUUGCAAUGGAAACACUGGCCGAUCCCGAUCCGAACGUGGAACGAUGGCUCGAGCUGCUCCCAUUCGUGGACGUAAACAUUCUGCGCAUUCUGGUGCAGCGUGCCGAAAAAUGUCGAUUCCGGGCAAUCGUACUCACCGUCGAUGGGCCGGAAAAAGGAAACCGGCCGAAAGAAAAGGAUUACGUUCGACAGCCUGAUUUCGAAACCAUGGUGGCCGAUUUGCUUCAAAACGAUGUGGACGCCGUGAUACUCACCAUUGGACCGUACACGCCGUUCUGCAGUUACAUUGUGGCACUACAGAAAGUACAACAGAAUCCAUCCACUCGGGGCAUAGUAUUCGCUGGCGGCAGUUGUUUUACGGAAGACGAAGUAGCAGAACUGGUAGCACACGGCGUGGAGCGAGUAUUCGUAGAUCUGCCGGCUCUGUGGGGGCUGGUUAUCGACGGUGCGGACGGAGUAUCGAAUGUAAUAGAAAUUUAUAAAAAAGAACUGUCGAAAUUAUAA